CCAGUUUCUUUUCUCUGAUUCAUUUCCGGUUUGAAUGAACUGAACUGUUGCUUGGAUUGAAGUCUCCGAAUCAAUGGACUCAGUGUUGAACGCAGCAUUGGAAGAGAUAUGCUCUGCACAAAUAGAACAAGGUAUCACUCUUGAAUCCUUAUUCUCUAAGCUCAAUUCCUCUUUCCCUCUCUCUCCUUCCUUCAAACAAUCCAUCUUCACAAACCUCCUCAACAUCCCCACUCUCCGUUUCGAACCCCCAAACCCUAACAAUUUCAACGACCCCAAUAUCACAAUCUUCCCUCAACAAACCCUAACCGAAAACUUCUUCGGCAUUUACGAUUCUCAAUCACUCCAACAAUCUCAACUCCGCGUUCUCCAUCUUCUUGCUAAUGCCAAACACAACGGUAUCACUCAAACUCAGCUUGCUAAACAGCUACGUAUUGAUCCCAAUAACUUUUUCUAUGUUUUGAGGAGUUUGGAAUGUAAGGGUUUAAUUGUUAAACGCUCUGCUCUUGAAAAGAAAAAACAGAUUGCUAGGGUUUCAAGUUCUGUUCCCCUUAAUAUUACUACUCAUUUGGUUUACUUGCGGAGAUAUGCUGUUAAGCCGCUUGCUGAACAUCAGAGAUUUGAUAUUCAAAUCACGCAAAAUGAGGAAGAUUGCCAAGAACUUCAGACAGAUGUUCGUCUUACUGAUUAUGAACCUCAAAUCAAAGCCAUUACUGAUAAACUAGCAACUGCCAAUGCCAAGAUUCUUCUUGUGUCUGAUAUUAAGAAGGAUCUUGGUUAUUGUGGGUCCCGUCCGAAGCAAAGGGCGUGGAGACAAAUUGUUGCCAGGUUGAAGACACAUAAUAUUGUGGAGCAGUUUGAUGCUAAGGUGAAUGGCAAGAUCGAGGCUUGCUUGAGGCUUCUUGACCCAAUAACUACUGGAUCUGGAAAUGAAGAUAAAAACUCAGACUCUGGGAAUAUAUGUCAAGCCACUGAUCAGUUUGUGGAGCUUCCUAUUGAGCAUCAAAUUUUUGAUAUUAUUGAUACUGCAGGAUCAGAUGGCAUUACUGUAAAGGAGAUAUGUGACAGGCUUCAGAUUGAUCUGAAAAAGAAUCACAUUCGCCUCGUAAAUUUGUGCUACAGAUUUGGAAUGAAAGUGCAAGAAGAACAAUGCCUUAAGGCCAAAACAAUUCGAGUUUGGACAUCUAGAAAUUUCAACCCUGAACUCGAAGUCCCAUUUAUUCACAAGCUUGAUGAAAAUAAAAAUUUGGACCAACAUGUUCCUGAUAGUUCUUCAAAAAUAAGAACUGAAUCCGAGGCUUCAACUUUCAAAGGGGGACUUGCUGGCCCCGACAAAUUGGAAGAUACAGGAGCUGGUACAAAACUAUUAUGUGCGUCUCGAAAGAAUAUAGAGUCUAACUCUGUAGAAACACCAGCAAACUUGCAAGAGUCGGCCCUUGACCAAAGGGGUACCAGUUCUCACAGCAAACCAGACAGUUCACCCAUGGGGGCAAACAUUGCGUUAUCAGAAGCUUCUCCAUCUGAUGUAUUGGCACAAUUCUCUGCUGGAUCAUAUCCAAGAAAUACAAGUCUCACAGCUGAUAGCACUAAAAGGGCGAUCAGGAUAUUAGAAAGACUAAAGGACGAAAGGUUCGUUUUGAGACCAGAGCUAAAUAGGUGGCUUAAUACCUUUGAGAAGGGUAAGUCUAAAAAAGUGGACCGUAAGACUAUUGAUCGGAUAUUGACUAAACUUCAGGAACAAGGGCAAUGCAAGUGCAUAAAAGUACAUUCCCCUGUUAUUGCUGAAUAUUCAAGGACCACAGAUUGUGUGGUUGUUGUGCAUCCAUCCAUAAGUUUAUCUCCUGAGUUAUUUGAUGAAAUACGAGAUAAAGUGAGAUCAUUUAAUAAUUAUAUUCGCAGCAAAAGUAUCCGUCCUCAGAAAAAUGAUGAAUUGAUACCUGUAAUGGAGGAUAUUCAGAACACUAAAAGCCCUAUAGUUCCAAGUCGGCAGGCUGAUAAAGCAGAAGCCAUGCGGGCUAAUGGAUAUAUAUUAGCAAAAAUGAUUCGUGCAAAGCUGCUCCACUGUUUCCUUUGGGAUUAUCUGCAUAGGUCAGAAGACCGUAGUGAUGAUAUAUCAUCUAACUGGCUAGCUGAUAAUCCUCACAGUAGCAGCAAAAGAUUUUCUCUAGACGCAGCUAUUAAAGCAAUUCCAGUGGAACUAUUUUUGCAAGUUGUUGGGUCUACUAAAAAAUAUGAAGAAAUGAUUGAUAAGUGCAAGAUGGGUUUAUGUCUCUCUGAUCUUCCUCCUAACGAGUACAAGUGUUUAAUGGACACUCUUGCAACUGGAAGGCUGUCAUUAGUUAUUGACAUUUUAAGGCGGUUAAAGCUCAUUCGGAUGAUAACUUCACAAUCUAGAGAUGGAGAUAAAACCCCACAGACUUUGACACACAUGAUGGAACUUAGGCCUUACAUUGAGGAACCCCUUUCAAAUGAUGCAGCAUCUUUAAAUUUUAUCUCUCUUGAUCUUCGACCAAGAAUUAGGCAUGAUUUUAUUCUGUCUAAUAGAUAUGCAGUUGAUGAAUAUUGGCAAACAUUAGAGUACUGUUAUGCUGCUGCUAAUAAAAAAACUGCUUUAUAUGCAUUUCCUGGAUCUGUGGUCCAUGAGGUUUUUCGUUUCCGUGCAUGGGCAUCUAAUCGUCUAAUGACAGCUGAACAACGUGCUGAGCUUUUAAAGCAUGUUACUAAGCAAGAUCUUAGCGAAAAAAUUUCGUACAGGGACUGUGAGAAGAUUGCAAAGGAUCUGAAUCUUACUUUGGAGCAGGUACUUAGCAUGUAUUAUAGUAAGCGUCGCCAUGACCUAAAUCAGUUAAAUGAUGAAGAGAGUGAGAAUAAUUCACUUGAACCCAAAGGUUAUUCAUCUUGUCGCAGGAAGAAAGAUUCUCCUGAGUUGAGGCCAGCAAAGCAUGCAAGAAUAGAUGCAGCAACUGAUGUUAUGCACAACCAAAUAGGUGAACAACAUAAUAUGGGUAUCCAUUCAGGGGAGCAAGUGGUCCAUAAUCAAGAGUUUGAGGAGGGUAAUUAUGAAAUUGAGGGUUCUCAAGACUGUUCUCCAUGUAUUAGCCAGUCUAUCUUAACUGCAAUGACUCCAAAGCCACCACGCCAAACCAGAUUCAUAUGGUCAGACAAAACUGACAGGCAAUUGGUGAUCCAAUAUGUUAGACACCGUGCUGUUCUCGGUGCCAAUUAUCAUCGCAUAGAUUGGGCCUCACUUUCUGAUCUUCCGGCUCCUCCACGCUCUUGUAUGAGAAGAAUGGCUUUUCUGAAUGGUAACUUAAGAUUUAGGAAAGCUGUGAAUAGACUCUGCAGCAUGCUCAGUGAACGAUAUGCAAAACAGCUGGAGAAGUCCCAGAAUUUGUCAUCAAAUAAAGAUGAUUGCAGACUGUUUGUGCAAUCCCAGUCUAGUAAAGGUGCAAUCCCAGAUGUUGAUAUUCAAAUGAGUAGUCUAAAUGGAGAAGCCUGGGACGACUUCGAGAACAAAAGUAUGAAGACAGCCCUUGAUGAGAUUCUUCGCUGCAAGAUGAUGGCCAAGCUGGAUGCCGCCUCACAAAAUGUUCAAUCGCAAUACGAAGAUUGGAAUAGAUAUGAAUCUCAAGAAAGUGAAAAAACUACAUCAGCUAGUCCUAGUGAGAUUAUUCAGAGCAAUCACGGGAAGCCCAAUGCAUUUUCUUCCCAAAGAUCACAUCUUGAUAUGAAAUUUUCUAGGUUUCUAGACAACAGGCCUAGUAUUUAUGGACAAGUAUAUGAAUCAUUGGCUGUUUCAAAUGCCGUGGAGCUAUUUAAGCUUGUUUUUUUGAGCACCGCUACCAGUCCACAGGCACCAAAUUUAUUAGCAGACAUUCUUCGGCAUUACUCAGAGCAUGAUCUACUUGCUGCUUUUAACUACCUCAGAGAGAGAAAAAUAAUGGUUGGGGGCAACAGCAGUGAUGAACGAUUUGAACUAUCACUGCGGUUCUUACAGAGUGUUUCUAAGUCACCAUUUCCAUUUGAUACCGGAAAGCAAGCUGUUAAAUUUUCUGUGUGGCUGAACGAAAGGGACAAGGACCUCACUGGAAUGAAGACCGAUCUUCCUGAAGAUCUUCAAUGUGGGGACACUUUUCAUUUGUUUGCUUCUAUCUCAUCAGGAGAAUUUUCAAUUUGUCCAAGAUUACCAGAUAAUGGUGUUGGAGAAGCUGAUGAUUUGAGAAGUGGGAAGCGUAAAUCUGAUGCUAGUGGGUCUUCAUUUAGGGACAAAGCCAAGAAACUGAAAUCCUCGUUUGGAGCAGAGGGUGAAAUUAUCUCUCGCCGGGAAAAAGGUUUUCCUGGUAUAGUCAUUUCUGUUAGCCGCUCGACAGUUUCAAAAGCUGAUAUCUUAGAUUUGUUCAAGGAUAAUGAUAACAAUAUCAAGGACCAACAUUUUGAUGGGAAUUAUCAAUUAAACAUGGGCCAAAGCAGUAAUUAUCCACUUACUGAUCAUAUGCUGGAAACCUUUAACUCAUGUGACCCAGUAACUGAGGAAAGAAAUCAUAUUGAAUCACCCUGGGAAGCUAUGGCAGGGUAUACACGACGUUUGAUGACGGUACCUUCCGAUCAAGAACAAGAAUGUCCUGUGUGUGCUCAGGUUUUCGUGGUUGUUUAUGCUGCCAUCCAGAAGGCUGGUGACCAAGGUUUAAGCAUGGGAGAAAUUUCCCAAGUUAUAAACUUGCCAGGAGCAGACGUAGAUGAACUGAUUGUUGAUGCUCUUCAAGCAUUUGGAAAAGCCUUAAAGGUCAAUGGUUAUGAUUCUGUUCGUAUUGUUGAUGCUCUAUACCGUCACAAGUACUUUUUGACAGCUGUGUCUGGUUUACAUCCUGUUGUUCAACCUUCCUCAAACAAGACCAUUAAGAAAAGUGAUAAUACAUGUAGCGUCUCAGCUUCUGCUGAUGUUCUAAGGGAAAGAAACUCUGGCCUUGAUAAUGUGCACAAAGUGACAAUUCUUAAUUUUCCACAUGAGGAUGUGGAUCCUGAAAAUAAAGCUUGUGAUAGGAAUGAAGGCUGCAUGCAAGAUAGACCUGGCUCGUCAAGAGGUGAUCUUGAGAAAGAAAUGGUCAAAUUUCCUUCCGAUGAAUUAUGUAUGCCAAUAUUACCAUGGAUCAAUGGAGAUGGGACCGUCAAUAGCAUUGUUUUCAAGGGACUCAGACGUCGUGUUCUUGGAAUAGUGAUGCAGAACCCGGGGAUGUUGGAGGAUGAUAUUCUACGUCAGAUGCAUGUGUUGAAUCCACAGAGCUGUAAAACUCUUCUGGAAUUGAUGGUUCUGGAUAAACAUCUGACUGUGAGGAAAAUGUAUCACAGUAGAUUUGCUGGAAGCCCCUCCAUGCUACAGAAUCUUAUUGGAAGUAAAUCAUGUCAGCAGAAGGGGAUUUGCGCAGAGCAUUUCUUUGCCAAUCCUAUGAGCACUUCCUUAUUGUAGGGAAUACGUGGUAUUGGAUAUGUAAAAUAGACAGGUAUUAUGUAUAUAUUAUGAACGAACACGUAUAGGCAAUUUCGGAUACGGGUCUUGAAGUUCAUAUUUGGGAGAAUCACAACCUAGGCAACUUGUAAUCUAUUUUGAGCGUAUGUGCUUUCUGAAAACCAUGUUCUAACUUAUGAAUAUCUUCAAUGUUGAAAUUGAAGAAUUUUGACUUGAUUUUGAA